AUGUCAAUGAAUGGACAUGGCCUGGGCAGCGAUGGCCACCCCCAUGCGACACAAUCAGCUCAGCCGCAACCAGAAACGUUGAACAGUCAGCUCCAUGAUGCCAGUAGAGGCGCAGAGGGCUUGCAUGAACCGAUAUCUUUCAAACGCAAACAAAACCGCCAAUCCCGUUCAAGAUUCAGUCUAUCCAGCAUCUUCUCAAGUACCGCCGGCGGUUCAGACAUUGGAUUUGGUUUCUCAGGGUUGCAAGGUGGACAAAAUGCAGAUGCUUCGCCAUUAGAUGGUUAUGGACCAGUUGGGUCAAAUGAGAAUGCCAACACCUCCAAAGACGGCGCUCCCCUUGAUUGGUAUGUGGAGGGUCCGGGCCGACGAGUUGGCUAUGACGAUUUCACGGCCAUCGAUUGGAUCUAUGAGUAUACCAAAGAGCGACAGCGAAAGCGAUUGCUUUACUCCAGUGGCCAAGGCAUUCUGGGCCCAAUCCGCAGACUCCUUGAGGGCAGUCAUGUCUGGCUUGUUUUGAUCGCUACAGGAAUUCUGGUCGGAAUUAUUGCUGCGUCUAUCGACAUCGCCACAGAUUGGCUCGGAGAUCUGAAGAGUGGGUAUUGCAAAAGUGGUAGCGGAGGCGGCAAAUUUUAUCUGAACCGAAGCUUCUGCUGCUGGGGUCUGGAUGAUUAUUCAAAGUGCAUGGACUGGACGCCAUGGGGGAAUGCGUUAGGGGCAUCCUCGACUGGUGGGCGUUAUACCAUCGAGUACAUCUUCUAUAUUAUCUUUUCGGUGGUGUUUGCUUUGUGCGCCUGUCUUCUGGUACGGAACUUUGCAAUAUAUGCUAGACACAGCGGGAUUCCGGAGAUCAAAACUAUACUUGGAGGAACUGUCAUACGACAUUUCAUGGGGCCUUGGACUCUAACAAUCAAAUCGCUCGGGCUGUGUCUUGCUGUUGCUUCCGGGCUUUGGCUUGGCAAGGAGGGCCCGUUGGUACAUGUUGCGUGCUGCUGUGCCAAUAUUAUGAUGAAGCCAUUCGACGGCCUCAAUGGUAAUGAAGCGAGGAAACGUGAAGUCCUUUCUGCUGCUGCUGCUGCGGGUAUCUCUGUUGCCUUUGGUGCUCCUAUCGGUGGCGUGCUCUUCAGUCUAGAGCAACUCUCAUAUUACUUCCCCGACAAAACCAUGUGGCAGAGCUUUGUUUGCGCCAUGAUUGCGGCUGUGACACUUCAGGCUCUGAAUCCAUUUCGGACUGGAAAUCUUGUGCUUUACCAAGUCACCUACACUCGAGGGUGGCAUCGCUUUGAGGUCAUCCCUUUCAUUAUUCUGGGUAUUUUUGGUGGUCUCUUUGGGGCAUUUUUCAUCCGUAUGAACGUCAAAAUUGCGAAAUGGAGGCGAUCUCGAACGUCUUCUCGACCAGUUAUCGAAGUCGCAGCAAUCGCCCUUAUAACAGCGCUAGUCAAUUUCCCGAACCAUUUCAUGAGGGCUCAAAACUCAGAGCUUGUCCAGUCUCUGUUUGCAGAAUGCAGCAGCGAGGCAUAUGAUCGAUUUGGUCUCUGCGUCAGUGGAUCGAGAGCGUUCGGGGUGGCUGCCAUACUUCUAUUGGCCGCAGUCCUCGCGUUUUUCCUGGCUUCUUUAACGUUCGGACUCGACAUCCCAGCUGGUAUAAUUCUGCCUUCGGUUGCCAUCGGUGCACUGUAUGGUCGCGCUCUGGGAAUUCUCGUUCGACUAUGGCAAGAGACGUAUCCCAAGGCUUUUCUCUUCAGCAAGUGUGAACCAGACAUACCAUGUGUGACCCCUGGACUGUAUGCAAUUAUUGGUGCGGCCUCUGCCCUAGGUGGUGCCACCAGAAUGACCCUAUCGAUUGUCGUCAUCAUGUUCGAGUUGACAGGUGCAUUGACAUAUGUCAUUCCGAUUAUGAUUGCCGUCAUGCUAUCCAAAUGGUGUGGUGAUAUCUUCGGCAAGCGCGGUAUCUAUGAAUCUUGGAUCCAACUGAAUGAGUAUCCUUUUCUGGAUCACCGUGAUGACACAACGCCGCCAGAUGUCUCGGCCCAUCGUGUUAUGACCACGGUAGAUGACCUCGCUGUUAUUACUGCCACUGGUCAUACAAUUGGCUCUCUUCAAUCGAUUAUCAAUACCACAAGCUACCGCGGAUUCCCCGUUAUCUCCGAAACCUCGACGCCUAUUCUCCUAGGCUACAUCACCCGCAAUGAACUUUCAUACGUUUUGAAAUAUUCUACCUCUUCUGCCAGUCGCAACUUGUCGGAGGAAACACAAGUUUUCUUCGUGCAUCAGCCCUUUGCAGACCCUGUGGAAACUUUGGAUCUCCGACCAUGGAUGGACCAAACACCCAUCACGCUCAAUAGCAACAUUAGCUUCUUGGUUGUGCUUCGCAUGUUCCAGAGACUGGGCCUGCGUUAUGUGCUUUUCGCAAACAAGGGGAUUCUUCAAGGCUUGCUCACCAAAAAAGAUGUAUGGUCUGUACUGAAUGGUGUUGAGUUCCGUCGGCAAGAGGCUCUUCGAGGACAGGAUUUCCAAGAUAGCAAUCAGGCUGAAGAGGCAGGCUUGCUGCACACGGAUGAGAGGAGCAGUCUCAGCGGCUCAUUGAGGCGAGAUUCCUUUUGA